UGGCAAGAAGCCCUCUUCUGGCACGAUUCUGCACUCAACAUGACAGAUUAUGAUGAAGGUGGUGAAUAUGAUGGAACCCAAGAUGAACCCAAAUACUUGCUGCCGGCUAGGGAAGCUGAAAUGCUACUUACUGGGGGAUUUAACCUUCAGAAGGACCCACAGCGAUCUGGUGACUUGUACACAGAAGCUGCUGAAGCAGCAAUGGAAGCAAUGAAAGGGAGGUUGGCCAAUCAGUACUACCAGAAGGCAGAGGAGGCCUGGGCCUGUAUGGAGGAGAAGUACUUCUGGGCUUGCAAAAAAAGGACAAAGGCAGCUUAAAGCAUUGCUCGAAUG